AAAAAGGCCGGAGACAAGAAAAAGCCCGCAAAUUUCCAGGCAACUUCUCCCGCAUUGGAACCAAACACUGUUUUUCUUGUUCCCGUAAAGAUAUCUCCAAAACCUCCUCUACCGAAAAGGCCAUUUGAAAUCACCAAACAAAGGAAAAAAAAAAAAAGGAAAAUGAGCAUCUUCAGCAAAAAGCCCAAUCCCAAAGACGCUCUUCGUGAGAGUAAGAGAGAAAUGGCUCAUGCUACUAGAGGUAUAGAGAAGGAAAUAGGAGCCCUACAAUUAGAGGAAAAGAAACUUGUUGCUGAAAUCAAAAGAACUGCAAAAACCGGAAAUGAGACAGCAACUAAAACUCUAGCCCGGCAGCUAGUCAGGCUUAGGCAGCAGAUAACUAAAUUACAGAGUAGUCGAGCUCAAAUGAAAGGCAUUGCAACUCAUACGCAGGCAAUGCAUGCUCAAUCUUCAGUUGCCGUUGGCAUGAAAGGUGCCACCAAGGCAAUGUCAGCUAUGAAUAAGCAAAUGGCCCCUGAAAAACAAGUGAAGGUUAUACGGGAAUUUCAGAAGCAGUCUGCACAGAUGGAUAUGACCACUGAAAUGAUGUCAGAUGCUAUAGAUGAUGUUCUGGAUGAUGAUGAGGUGGAAGAUGAGAGUGAGGACCUAACGAAUCAGGUUCUAGAUGAAAUUGGUGUUGAUGUUGCCACUCAGUUAUCAUCAGCUCCUAAAGGUAGAAUUGCAGGAAAGAAUACCGAAGGUGUUGGCAGUUCGGGUGUUGAUGAGCUUGAGAACCGGUUGGCAGCUCUUAGAAAUCCAUGAGCUGAAGACAGAAAACUCCAGCUUUUCCUUCAUUAAUCUAUUGAGUUAUUCCCUACAAU